CCUAAGCUUGUACAGAGGGGGGCAUUCAAAGAGAAGAUGGUUUGUUGUUUUUCGUUCGCUCCACAUUUCGGGCAGCUCCUGCCGUUGCCACAAUGUCGAUUGGAGAGCGCGUCGCAAACCGGUACACAGUCAGUUAUGGCCUGCCAGAUAAAGUGUUUGAUCUUCUUGGUAGUCUUGAGCUUCCAAACUCGAGCUUGGAGAGAAGUGAUGCUAGGUUCCAAUACUUGAUCUGGCUCUGCGGGUUCCACUGAUUCCAUGGCCAAUUCAUAACCAGAUUUAACCAAGUAAACACCUGAUUUGGUUAGGUUCCAACAGUAGCUUGCUGCUUGGGGAGUUCGAGUCGGCCUGAGGCUCUGAAUGAAGGGAAUGUCACUAGGAAGUACGAGUUCUCGUAAGAGAUUGAGUCUCCAUGUUUUCAAAACAGGGUCCAAAAGAUCUGCAAUUUUAAGCGAUGGAUUAAAGGAUGGGCCGCAGGGUAUGGCUGGUCGUGCUGGAAUUGUCGGGAGUCAAGGGUCUGCCCAGACGAGGGUAUUGUGUCUUGUCCCUAUUGAUUUAUGUGUGCCGUUUUUGAGCAGGGGCUGAGCCGCCAUGAGGCUUUUCCGCACGAAGGAAGGAGUACUCGUUUUAUUGACUUCUAACGUGAGAUAUUAAGAGCCGGUUUGUAACUUUUUUAGUUAAAAGUUAAGAAACAGUUUCUUAUAUUCCGCUAAGAACCUUAACCUAAGAACUCUCCUAAGAGCAUGAUUAAUGGGUAGUUCUUAUAGUGGGGGUUCUUAGCGGAAUAUAAGAAACCGUCUCUUAACUUUUAACUAAAAAAAACUAAGAACCCGCUUAAAUAUCUUAUUUAAGAACCGAUUCUUAGUUUUUUUAGUUAAAAGUUAAGGGACAAUUUCUUAUAUUCCGAUAAGAAUCUCACCCUAAGAACCCCCAUUAAUCAUGCUCUUAGGCUUUAAGGGUUUACAACCAAACAGGCAUGAGAAGGGAACUUAGUCAAACAUUCUAUUUUUAGUUCCUCCGGAAUAGCCUAAUUCUACGUACCUUCUCCCAACCUUCCGUAUAUUAACAAUAUCCUCUGCCAACAAGUUUUUUUUUUGGUGAUUGCUGAUCAGAAUUAUAACCAGUUCGAUUUGCUUGAAGAGAAAUAUCUUUCUUGCUUAGUCAAAAUGGGUCGGGUGAAAUUGGAGAUCAAGAGAAUCGAGAACACAACGAACCGACAAGUUACGUUCUCAAAACGUAGAAAUGGUUUGAUUAAGAAAGCUUAUGAAUUGUCGAUUCUCUGUGACAUUGACAUUGCUCUUAUCAUGUUCUCUCCUUCCGAUCGUCUUAGCCUCUUUUCUGGCAAAACUCGGAUCGAAGACGUUUUCGCAAGGUUUAUUAAUCUUCCUAACCAAGAACGAGAGAAUGCAGUCUUUCCGGACCAGGGUAGACGCCCGGAUAUUCAGAGCAAAGAGUAUCUACUGAGGAUUUUGCAGCAACUCAAGACCGAAAAUGACAUCGCUCUUCAAAUUACAAACCCGGCAGCCAUUAAGUCCGACGUCGAGGAACUUGAGCAAGAAGUCUGUAGGUUACAACAACAACUCCAAAUGGCAGAAGAAGAACUAAGGAGAUACGAACCGGAUCCAGUAAGAUUCACUAGCAUGGAGGAUUAUGAUGUUUGUGAGAAGCAACUUCUCGACACGUUAACACAUGUUGUCCAACGACGAGAGAAUCUCUUAAGCAGCCAUUUACCUACAUACGAAGCAUCUACUAUGCAACAAAGCAUUGUAGGUCCUUUCUUAAACGGAGUCGUGGAAGGUUGGUUGCCUGAAAAUGGACCCAACCAAACCCAUUUAUUUGAUCCAUCAGCCCAUUCUAAUCAACUCAGAGAAUUGUCAUCGGCUAUGUAUGAACCAUUGUUGCAAGGGAGUAGCUCAAGUUCUAACCAAAACAAUAUGAGCGAAUGCCACGUGACAAAUAAUAACGGUGAAAUGUUCACUGAGUGGGCUCAAGCGUACUCAUCCUCGGCGUUAUUCGCUUCUAUCAACCAGCAUGGGAAUGUGGGACCUAAUAUGGAGGAGAUGAUGCCAGUUCAACAAGGUGAAAUCCCGGUAGUGACGACGGAGGCACAACAAGCUGAGCAUGAAGUCGCCGCUGACUAUAAGACAAGGGUUCCUCAGCUCAGUAGCCAAUAAUGUCAAAACAUUAUUCCAAUGAAUUAUUUUUUACGUAUACCGAUUUAUUUUGUUUUAUUAUUUGUUCGACCUUUUUUACAAGAGACAUUGAUGAAAAGACAAAUCGUGUGCUUUGUAAACCAUUUUUUGUCAGUAAAAAAAAAACAAUAGAAGAUAAACAUUUUCAUAAGACGACAAAAAUACAUUUUAUAAAGUACUGCAACCAUGUUAUUCUUCUUUUCUUCGUAAUGUUAGUUUAGUGAAAUGAAAGUUUUACUAGUCAAUUUUUGUUUAUCCUACCAUUUUUAUAAUAUUUAUCCUAUUGAGAUAAGUUUGAAAUAACUUAUUGUGCAAGUUACCUAAUUUUUUUGAGUUAUAGAAAUAGGAAAAAUAUCUAUAUGUGAAUUCUAAUGAAUUUAGAAAAGUUUGAGUUAUAUAUAAGGAGAUGCAAAGUGUGUUGCAUAACUUAUGAAUUGUGAGCUUUAAUUUUGAGAUUAUUUUCUAAAGCAAUAAGAAUUGAAUUCUUAUUAAUUGUGUGUGACGCAAUUCUGUAUGUGUGACCUAGGGUUCAUUGUGUGAAGUGACCUAAGGAUAAUCGUGUGUGACAUCCGCUUAAUACAAUAUAUCCCCUGUUCGGAAACAAGCAAAGAUGACUGGUUAAUCGCCAGAAAAGCGUAAAAUCAGUCUUGAAAUCAUGGAGUUUUAGAGUUACUCGGAGAGUUAAGAAGAAAAGUGAAAGAACUCAUAGCUUUUGUAGAUAUUAAUUAGGUAUGGGAAUUUUAUGGAUCUGAAAAUCCUAACUAAAAUCAAUCUAAAAAUUUCCGACCAAAAACCAAACCAAAAAUUUAUAAGUAUUUAGUUAGGUUCAAAAUUCCUCUAUUCGAAAGAAUCGAAAUCGAAAAGAGCCAAUCUGAAUAGACUGGAUAUGAAAGGAACCAAUCCGAAUAAACUCAACCCGAUAAGAACCGAUUCUAUCCGACCUAAAAAUAUGAAUAUUCAAAAUUAUUAUUUAAUGUGCUCUAUUUUCUAUAUUUUACCUUAUGGUUUAGUUGAAAUGUCUAUUUCUAGUAAUAUUUAUUACUAUGUUACAACAUUUUAAGUAAUGUAAAAUGUUAAAUGUCAAAUUUAGAGUUUUAAAAUAUGUAAUUUCAAUUAUUAAUAGUUCAUAUUUGUUAUUUUGCAAAAUUUUAAAUAAAUAUGACGAAUUUUGGCUAAAUUUUUGAUAGUGUUCAGGUAUUUUUUGGUCUUUUUGUAUCAUAAAGAUCCGAACCUGAUCCGGACCUAGUAGAACCCAUAAAUUAUAGGUAUUUUACAGAUAUUUUAAUUAUAGACCCGAACUAACUCGGACCCAGAGGAAUCGAUCCGAACCCAAACCGGAAAUUUUUAAGAACCAAGUUUGGUCCAAAUUUCUAGGACCAAAAGGACUCAUACCCAAAACAAACCGAACUUAACCCGACUCGAAGACCCAACGUGCAAGUCUAAUUUCUAAAAUUUUAAUCAUAAAAUGAUAUGUGUGUUUUAGAUUUAUUAUAUUUUGAUUAAACUUAAUAAGAAUAACAGGAAAAAUCAUUAAUAAUUUUUUUUACAAAACAGAGGCUACCAUAAUAUCCAUCUAACUACACGAACACGUAAGAUUGGUUGAAUCAUGAAAAAGAAUAACUAAAUUAUAAACGAAAAUUCUAUUAUACAUUAUUUGUUAGUCAAAUAUGAAGAAUUUAUUUUACCAAAAAUAUAGAAAAAAUAUGGAAUCUAAUGAGAAAACGUAUACCAGCGGGUGCGCCGGUCAAGCUCUAGUUCCAAUUAAAGUACAAGAGUAUAGAUCAACUGAAUUAAGAUUAAACAUAGUAUUUAGCUCUUGAUGGAAAGAUGGUUUCUGUAUUUUGUUCAAAGCUAGGGUUUCAUAUAUUUGGAAGUUGUUCUGAUGGAGUAUGAUUUCGUGUUGAUAACGUGUUGUGAACAAAGA